AUGGAGAAGUACGAGGAGGGCUUGGUUAAAGCGAGCAAGCUGAUGGCCGAGCUGGCGCUCUACGACGAAGGGCUCGGCCGGCGGCGGCGGAGGGAGCAGCCCGCGGCGGAGCUGGACGGGCGGGCCAAGAGGCAGCUGAACGGCGGCGGGGGCUGCGCGCUGGGCCCUCCGCCGCCCUACCCGUCGGGGGAGGCGUUGUCGCUCCUCCCGCCGCCGCGCUCCCUGAACGGCGGCGGCGAGGACGGCCCGUGCCCGCGCUCCGAGGUGGCGCUGCCUUGCUACAAACGCUACUCGGCCGAGGGCUACCCGCGCGGCAAAGGCGGCGGCGGCGGCGGCGGCGGGGCCAGCCCGCGGACCUCGACGUGUUGCGGCCCGGAGGCGAGCUGCCGCGGCGGCGGCGGCGCCUUGGCCAGCCCGCGGGGCAGCGUGGUGGCGGCACCCGGGGCCGUCGAGGCGGCGCUCAGCCCGCGCUCCAGCUACGCCAGCACGGCCAGCGACACCAGCAAGCACUCCAGCCCGCGCGCCAGCCUCACCAGCUCGUCGGACGGCGGCGGCGGAGGCGGCAGCAAGCCGAGCAGCAACCGCACCAGCGGCAUCAGCAUGGGCUACGACCAGCGGCACAUCAGCCCGCGCUCCUCCUCGUCCUGCGCCGGAGAGCUGGAGGGGCCGGCGGCGCGCCACGGGCCGGCGGCGCCGGGGGGCGGCGGCGGCGGCGGCGGCGGCGGCGCGGCUCUGGUCAGCCCCCGCUCGAGCAUCUCCAGCCACAGCUCGCGCAGCUCCCGCGGCUCGACGGGCGCCUACCCGGAGCUCCAGCUGCCUUCGCCGCGGGCGUCGAUGCUGCCCGAGGACAGCCUGCUGCUGCUCGUGCCGUCCGCGGAGCCGAUGACGGACGGCUACCCGCGCCUGCACGCCCACUCCCCGGCGGCGCUGGGCCCCGACGCCGCGCUGCCCUUCGCCGCCGCCAAAGGGGCGGCCUCCAAGUUCCGCGUCCCCUACCAAGUGACGCCGUCCAGGGACAGUGGCCCCAGCCAGGUGGAGAGACGGCUGGAGGCGCUCACCCUGGAGCUGGAGAAGGAGCUGGAGAUGCACAUGAAGAAGGAGUACUUCGGUACUUGUAUCAAGUGCGGAAAGGGGGUAUAUGGGGCCAGCCAGGCUUGUCAAGCCAUGGGGAAUCUAUACCACACCAACUGCUUUACGUGCUGCUCUUGUGGGAGAAGAUUGCGAGGGAAGGCCUUCUACAAUGUCAAUGGAAAAGUCUACUGUGAAGAAGACUUCCUAUAUUCAGGUUUCCAGCAAACCGCAGACAAGUGCUUCAUUUGUGGACACCUCAUAAUGGAAAUGAUUUUGCAGGCCCUGGGGAAGUCCUACCACCCUGGCUGUUUCCGCUGUGUGGCGUGCAAUGAAUGCCUGGACGGCGUCCCGUUCACUGUAGACGUGGAGAACAAUAUCUACUGUGUCAAAGAUUAUCACACGGUUUUUGCACCAAAGUGUGCUUCCUGUAACCAGCCAAUUUUACCAGCACAGGGUUCCGAGGAGACCAUCCGGGUGGUGUCGAUGGACAGAGAUUACCACGUGGAAUGUUACCACUGUGAGGACUGUGGGCUGCAGCUCAAUGACGAGGAAGGCCGCCGUUGCUACCCUUUGGAGGGUCACCUGCUCUGCCACACCUGUCACAUUAGACGCCUCGGGAGGAAUGCGCCGCCACAUCCUCCCCCUGGGUACCCGAUGCACAUUACAGAACUCUGAGGCGUUUCCUCCCCAUCCAGUUGGGACCAGCAGAGAAGACGCUUUGAUGAGAGAAGAGCUUGACCGAUGACUCUUAUAAAAAAAGACAAUCGGCAAAGUUUAUUUAUUGCUUUGAAGACUGGGAAGAGAGGAGAGCCUCUCGGAGCGUGCGCCUGUGUUGCAUUUGCCUAAAAAAUUCCUCCCGAGACACCGGGUACUUGAAAAAGGAUGCGCGCCGUGCAGGUGUGGCUGGAAAGCAGCGGGCAUUUUUGAGCACUUUUGCUCCAAAGGGCCGUUGGUUCACCUUCGCUGGCUUCAGGUUUGCCCGAUGGUAGUUCCGGUUUCCACAAGAAUCUUAACCACCUGCAGCCAGGCUGCAGAGGAGCAAAGAUUCGUGCGGCCUUUUUACACUGGGUCUCCUUGCAGCCUGGCCAGAGACAAUUAAAAAUGGCUUCAGAAUGGCUUCAUUGCAGGAGACAAGAAGAUUGUUUUUUAGCGGGCAUCAGAUGGAAACACAGCUGAAAAGAAAGAUGUUCUUCGAUGUGGGAAUUGGCCUUUGUCUUUCCACCGUAGCUGAUUCCAUUCUGGUGCCAUGCAUUGCCAGCAAGAGAGGGGAGGAAGCCCAUUGUAGAAGGUUGUAUGAAAUGAGUGCAUUGGGAUUCAUACACACAGAGUUAUGUCCAGGGUGGGGUGGCGGGGAGGCGUAGAUCUUUGGAAUCCCUUGCUGGGGAAAGGAGUAGCAGUUUUGGGUGCCUGUCUGUUUGCUAAUGGGGAUGGGACAGGACACAGACACAACAUAGUGGAAGGUUGCAAGGCUGGCUCAGAAGAUUGAUACCUCAUAGCUGUCUGGAGCCUGGCAGGGGACUAUAUAGUUAUGGGUACAGUUGCUUAAAACCGCUCCAUUGGUGUAGAGCAGCCUUCUCUAGUCCCGUACCGUCCAGACAUGUUGGACUACAGUGCCCACAACGCAGCCCAGCACAUCUGGAGGGCAGCAGAUUGAGAAGGCUGUUUUAGAGGGGUGCAGAAGCGCCAAGGGCUACCUGGGAGCGGAAAUGCUGCAGGGGCUGCCCAGGCUGCUCACUGGGUCCCAGUGAGAGAAGCGCCAAGUAAUGGCAGCCCCCUGGUGCUGUGUCUCGUUGGUCACCGGAAUUGCGUCUCUCCCUGGGCACUUUGCCCUUGCAGCCUUCGCAAGCGGCGCAUGAACAACGAGGGGCUUCCCAGGCAGCCUUUAUCAUUCUCCUGGUUUUGGGCACCUCACAAAGUAGCUUGUUUUAAAAACUGUUUCUGCAAAUAACUCCAGCGCUCCUGGCUAUGCCAAAUUCUACUUGUUUCGCAAUUGUGCAAGAUCUGUAUGUCUUCGUUUUGUUUUAAAGGGCAUCAGAUUUAUGGUGUGGCUUCAGUGGCAGAUGUCUUUUCCCUUAGGUCUUCUUGAACUGGCUUCCUCCAUACUGUAUUUUUACAACUCAGCUUUUGAUCAGCCCAACUCUGGAUGCCAAAUUAAUGAUAUUGAAAUCCACAGCAUUUUUAUAUCAAUUUCAUAUCCAAAUACUUAAAAGGAUCUUUGAACAGAACAGAACAGUUUUCCAAUUGGUCCUGUGCCAUUGCUCCAUUUACUUUGAAGGCCUCAAAACAUUUUUUUCCAGGCUCAUGAGAAGAUGGGUUUGUGCCUUGUUUAAUAAGGGACAUCUGGGGGGAGGUUACAUCCAGUGGUGUCAUCCCAGUAGCAGGAAGCUUCUGCCACUGGCGGAGGCCCUUUUUUAUCCUUGUGCAAGUGUCAGAUCCAAUACUUUGAUUCUGCUUGCACCAGCUGUUUCACAAGCUGUUGUGCAAAUCGUGGAACAAGGCAUUUUACAACUUCGUUAGUCUAGAUGUUGCUUCUGCUAAUUGUGCUAGUUCUGGGUUAUAUCCAGUGUUAUGAGAGUGGAAGAAUUAAUUUUAAAUGUUUUAAUCUUUUGUAAACUGCCCAGAGAGCUUUGGUUAUGGGGCGGUAUAGAAAUGUAAUAAAAUAAUAGUAAUAAUAACAACAACACAGAUUGGCGUUGAUCUGCUAAUGAUUGUACAAGUGCUAUCAGAACUAGCCCAACUAGCAUAAGCAACACCUAGUCUUAAUGAGUGAGUUGUGCAACAUCUUGUACAACAAUUUGCAGAACAGCUUGCGUAAUGGCUUGUGCAACACCUCGCACAAGCAGAAUCAAAGUAUUGGAUAGGACACUUGCAUAAGGAUAAAACUGGAUUUCCACAAACAGCAGCAUCUUUGCACUAGCAGAAUGACACAACUGGGAACAACCCCGGAUCUCAAGAAACAGGUUCAAAUGUAUAGUGAGAGAAAGAGAGAGAGAGCGCUAAUUUGCACCAUUUGGUAAUAUGAGCGGACAACUGAGGGAAGCAUGUGGCAGAAAAAUAUCCAUCAGGAUUUAGCCUCAUGAGACUUUACCCAUAGCCUAUCCAGGGGCAAUUUUGUAACCCAGAGAUUUCCUUGAAAUCCUAGCAAAAGUAUCAAAUAGGAAAAAUGUGUUUUAUAAAAGGAGCUGGCGGUCCAUAGAAUGUAUACAUUUUUCCUGUUGCCUGAGCUUUUAAAAAUCCUCAGAACUCUGGAAUGUAGUCUGUAUAGGAAGUCAGAUUAUCUUGGUGUUCAGUUUGUUUGUUUUAAAUGUCAGAUUAUCAGUUGCCUGUUGGAGGCACAUGGCUGUUGUUACAACUCUCUGCAGCCGCAUAAGAAUUAACCAGCCUUAAGCAUGUUUUAUUAAUUCCUUAACUUAAUGGGCCUUAAAUGGUUUUAACGUCCUUUUGCUGUUGAGACUUUUCUGCUGUGAACAGUUGGUGCACCAAUAAUUUCAGCAAAACUACACCCAAAUGGGAAUUUGAUGCUUUUGUUUUAAAGCUGCCAAGAAUAACAACCAAGUAUAACAGCAGUUCCAUGAUUAGACUGCAACUCAUGUUGAAUUCCCCAAAAUGUUUUAUUUUGGAAUUAUAUGGGAAAAUACACAUUUCUGCAAAAAAACACUACAGGAGUGUCCUGCAAUGAUGAGAUUUUUCUCCUUUUUACUUUUCAAAAUACUGCAAGGAUACAGAAUAUAGCUGUGCUCACUCCAGCAACGAAGGAGUGCGGCCAUUCCGAAUUACUUCUGAACCUAUGUAGGAUGUGGUUUGUCGGGCCCACAAGGUGAUAUGGGUGGUAGGCGCUGCCCUGAGGCCUCCUGAAUUUCUGGAGCCUGCUGCAGGUGGGAAGGAGAGAGCCCACUUCGCAAGCAAUUCUUAAAUCUGGAUUUUUAAUAGUCUUUCUGCCACCCCACACACCUUCCCCAUGAUCAAACCAUCCCAGAAUAUAUGGCAUUGUUUUGAAAACAAUGCUGGGCGGAUAAAAUCUAGGACUGAAGAAAAUGUCGCAUUAAUUCCAGUGUCUUCACUGUUUCAGUAGCAAACUUGUCAGUUCCUGUUUCUGCCUUAAUCUUCAGUGCACAGCACAAAAUCUAAAAUAUGUACAUACACUAUGGUCUUUCAGACUGUCAUCCUUUUAGAACAGAAUAUUCACUUGUUUAAAAACUUCCCAUUUUUUCCCUACACGGAUCCAUAUAUUUGUCUACACACUGAAAGUUUUAUUUCUAGCAAUGAUAAGUUUGUUCCAACCAGAACAUAACUGUUGGUUGUCAUUUCCUUGUUUUCCCACAGAAAGUAGAAUUUGAUCACAGCUCAGUGGGGUCCUGGCUUACCAACUCCUCUUUUCGUCUUCAACAAAGGGGCUUGUUUGGGUAUUCUUAGUUAUUCUAUUAAGGAGAAAGCAGCCAGAACGGUACAUGCAGCAACUCUCAAACGGCCAUGUGCUUCCAAGACAAGAAACAUUUUACCACUUGUCUUCGUAAAAUAAAGAGAGAGAAACACCUUCAAGUUGAGGGAGGGAUUGUAGCUAAGCCUUAGACUACUUGCUUUGCACGCAGAAGGUCCCCGAGUCAGGUGGCAGGACAGGGCUUUCUCCUCCCCAGACCCAGGCGAGGUGCUGCCCAUCAGGUAGACAAGCCUUCCCCAACCUGAUGCCUUCUGGGUGUGUUGGACUAUGAUUCCCAUCAUCCACAGGCAGCACAGCCAAUUAAUAUAGAAUUGCUUUCCCACCCACUCCAAAAGAGGGUGCGCAUUUCAAAACUCAGAAUUUCAGUAAGUCCAAGAAUGGAUGGAGGAGCUCAGUGAAGUUCAACCAACGCUCUAAAGAAGGCAUUCAAAAGCGGCUUUCUUAUGCCCCAAGAAGAGUAUGUGAUUCAUCGUGCAACUAAUGCCGUAACUAGAGUAUAUAAUUUGACUUAAAUUAAGUUUUUUUUCUUGAGAAAUAUUUUCAUUUUCUUUAAAAGAAUAUAGUUUUCUUCCAAGAACUUGGACCAAUGUUGAUUUUUAUUUUGUAGGAAAUAUAUAAAUGCCCAAUUUGUAUAUUAUGUGUCUAGUUUACAUGCUGCAAAUGUGUUAGUUUAACCAUGAUUGUAUAUAUCCUUCUAAAACCUCUGGCCUUUUAGUGCAUAGAUUGACUUGUCAGGAUUUUGUAUUGUCAUUUGGUUUCCUUGAUUGUCAAAGAAUAAAAGUUGGGAAAUGUAGAUUUAUUUAUCUAAAGAAGAAGCGACUUGCUCUCGUCCUAAGUUAUUUUAAUAUUAAAAGUCAGAAUUUCAUUUAACCUUAGAUGUUAUAAUCUGCUUUUUUCAAUAAAGACAUUUUGUAGUUA